AUGCCCAAAACAAAAGACGUAAUCGUAGAAACCAGUUAUAAAACUACUGGCGUUUACUCCCGCACUAUCACCGAUGCAUUCACGUCUAUGGAGCUCUUGUCAAGUCAUGAUUCUAAUACUUUCAUAUUCAGUGAUGAUCGUAUCAAUUCAACCGUGACAACCGAAGCGGAACAAAGUAACGUCCAUGAGAGACUACGGAGCUAUGACUCCGAUGAUGCUACGAACCCUGAAUCCGAGAAUUUUAGUAGCCCUAACAAUUCCUUUUGUCGUGGUAGAGAUAGUAAUGGUACCGAGAACAUGGUGGAAGCUCGUCUCUAUCAUAAUGUAAGAAGGACAUUUUGCAUAAUCCCUGCAAUUGAGGAUGCAAGUAAGCUGUUAAAUUCAGUCUCCGAGAAUUUGACUGAAAAGGACACCUCCGGGACUCGACCGACCAAAGGACUCGGCAUUCUCAUGAGAAAUGGAUCCGCUAAUUCCGAUAUCUUGAUAAUUGACAAAGAUCGUAAACGCGGUUCGACCCAUGAAAAAUUAGUAGGUGGAAAGUCUCCUACCAAGGACAGAAAAGGUGUUGGUAUUUCAACUAAUGGUGGAAUGCACAAGGAGCAGAAUAAUCACGUCAGAUGUGGUGGAGGUGACAGCGACACAAAGAUAGUCGAAAAGAUUAUCGGGCAUAGCUGGGAAGCAAAUGGGCAACUGAAAUAUUUAAUUAUAUUGGAAAAUGUUCGAGAACCUCUUUGGAAAAACGAGUAUCAUCUUAUCAACGCCGAUGAACUUAUUCAAAAUUAUUGGAUUCGUGUCGGUAAAUUUCAAUUGGAAUCAAUCAAUCAUCCCUUACUUCAAAUCUUAAACUUUCCGGAUGAUACACAAACGGGCUUGCUUCUUUCUAAUGCGCAUGCAAGAACACCGGAAAUACUAUCGAACGGCAAUGAGAAUAAUGCUGAAUCACGUUCAGGUGAAGUUCUCCAUGAAACAAACAUCAAUUUAGACACCAAUGGAAAGGUUUGGAAAACAUUCGGCGAAAAAAACACAAGCAUUGGACAAGAUUCCAGUGAUCACGAAGUAGAAAUGUCUUUAGACAUAAAAGGAAAUGGUGAUGUUUUAAGUACUGACGUGAGUUUAACCAAAUUCGUUCAAGAGAAUUCUGCCAUUGAUAGAGAUUCACAAGAGGAUGUGAAUCACGGGGAAGCUAUUAUAGAGGAUUCCUGUCAGAACGACAAUAAAAUGAAAGAUAUGGUGGAGGUGAUUCAGAACUUCGAGAAGGUUGUUAAAUCUGGUGAAAUUUUCGCUUCUCAAAUGGAUUCACACCAUAUCAAUUCCCAUAUGGACAAGACCCGAGAAGAAUAUUUAGAUAACUUUAAUAUCUCUCAACAUGAGGAUUCUCAAAUGCAUAUAGACCAAGAUGUAAAUGUUGAUCACCAAGAAACGAAUGAACCUAAGACCUCUCGGAAAACCGUAGGUUCUCAUCAACACGAAAUGGAUGUCGAGAUGGAAAUUUACAGUCCUGAAUACGAAGAAAAUGAAUCGACACUCGUAGGCUUUUGUCAAAAUGGACAUUCUCAAAUAACCAACCAGAAAGUGUCAAAGUUCGUGUCCGUUCAAAGUGCAAUUGUCGAAUCGCACUGUUGCAAUCUUUCGCGUGAAAUCAUAUCGAGGAAAGAAAACCACAGGAAUACUGAAGAUCACAUGGUGCUUAACACCGAUAAAUCAGGAAGCUUCAAUGUGACAUCACCGGUUAGUCAAAAAAAUGAGUCUCCGACAGCGGACCGUCUCAACAAAGAAAGUGAAGAGAAAAUGAUUGGAACCGAUGAUACAAAUGAAAGAAAUGAUAUUAAUAAAAUAGGACGCGAACAAAUCGAGUUCGAUUUCAGGAUGUUUGAACUUAAGCCGUUAUUAUUCAGAGUUGACGACUGUAAAGAUGCCGACAUGUUUGUCGAUAAAGUUGAGGUAGAUACAAACUGGGAUCCCCACGUGGAAUAUAUCGAAACCAUUCAGCGAGAUCCAAAAACUGAGAAAUUGUAUAUUGUCAUUCGAUGGAAAAGCGGGCUGAAGACCAUUCAUUGGGCUGAUGAUGCGAAUACAAGAUGCCCUCAAAAAAUUCUCAAUUUUUACGAAUCAAAAACGAAAAUUGUAAUCCGAAGGCAUGCGUUGUAG